AUGACGGGCUCUUCAGGCGGCGGCGGCGGCGGCGGCAAGCGCAGCCACCCAUCCGCCCAUCAUGCCUCGCCACCGCCGGCCAAGAAACAGCAAAAGUGGUCGCCCGAGGAGGACGCCCUCAUCAUAGAGCUGCGGGGCGGCGGCAUGAAGUGGGACGACAUUUCAAAGCGGUUGAAUCACAGAAGUCCCAUCAGUUGCCGGCUUCAUUAUCAGAAUUACUUGGAGAAGCGGAGUGACUGGGAUGACGAACGCAAGACAAAGCUUGCGAGACUGUAUGAUAGGUAUGCUUAG